CAUAAUUGUUUUCAGCCCACCAACUUGAUUAAACCAGUGGAUUUUUUUGAAAACUUCAUUAUAAUAUUGAUGGAUCAAUUUUAAAAAUGAUUAGUAAUGUUAAAGUUUGGGAGUAAAUUCGAUUCAAGAGUGCCUAAAAGGUGGUGGUUUCGGUUAACUAAUCAAUUCAGGAUCGGUGUAAAUUUAGAUUUUAGAAAAUGUUAUUGUUUGCUUCGUGUUACCCUGGCGACCACAUUAAAUCUCUGUCAACAGUAGUGUGAGAAACAUGUUCUCAGUAAAUACAAGCGAAAGUGUUGGUUUUGAGUCGAGAUGGAAAGUAAAAGGAGUGUAUUCUGAAUCGUCUUCACAGACAUCGGACCUAAGCGUAAACAGUGUUUCUACUGAAACUGCAACUAGUGUGGAAGUUGACACUCAAACAUCUGACAUUUCCACACCAAGUUUACAACCUGAAGUUGAUAAUCAGAAGUUAUCAGAGUGGCUGAUAAAAAUCUGUCCGCUUGUCGAACGAGAAUUAAACGAAGCCGUAUACUCAAAAGCGUUUUACGGUUCCUAUGCUUAUGAGGAAUCCGAUACACCUAAUGCGAAACUGUUACAAAUUUUAAAUGUCUCAAGCAGCUCAGGUGAUGGUGAUUAUGCUAAUAGAGUGCAGGCAAUUUCUUGGAAUUCAACCGGGAAUACCCUAGCUGUUGCCUGCAAUUAUUUCCAUAAGUCCUGGUGCCAUCACACAGGACGAGUAUGUUUUUAUACCUUUAAUAGAGAUGAUAAACUACCCGAAACGCCGCAUAAAACCUUAAAUAUAAAUGGCUGUAUUAACACAUUGAGAUUCCAUUUGACCAUGCCGUUCAUUAUAGCAUGUGGAACAUAUUCUGGCGAAAUUGUAAUUUGGACUGUACAGCACAAUGACGCCGAUAAUAUUGUGGCCAAAGUAAAGGGGCACGAAGAGGCAGUGAUAGAUUUGUCAUGGGUUUAUGACGUUGGUACUGCAAGGGCAAUCUUAUUAGCGUCGUCUAGCAUAGAUGGUUUGCUAAACGUUUGGAAUUGUAAUCUACCCUUAUCAACGCUUACAAUUAAGGCAAAAUACAAGAUCAAAUCCCCCGUCUUAGCUCGUCUCCAGAAAUCCACAUCAGAAGAAAUAUCCAAAAAGGUUGUCCGAGGUAUCUUAGCUUUUGAUUUCUCCACUCACACGCAUGAUCUAUUUGUUGCUGGCGUGGAGGGUGGCUUGCUUGUGUUGGGUUCAACAACUGCGGCUAAUAAAUUAAAAGGUUCUACCAAAGAAGUACCUAUAUUCGAUCCGGUGAUGAAGUACUAUGAACCACACGAAGGUGAAAUUAUCACUGUACGUUUUUCUCCAAAUCGUAAGGACAUGUUCAUGUCUUGCGGCACCGAUGGUGAAAUACGAAUUUAUUUAACCAAGCAGGAAUCUCCGGCUAGAGUUAUUUUUGUGGAAGAGUUAUAUCACGUAUCGUGGGUGCCAUUUCAUGAGCAUCUUAUAACGGGAUGCGGCAAGAAAGGAUUAUUAGAAAUAUUUCAUUUAAUUUCCGGUCAACCGAUACCCAACGUAUCUACUGAUAAGGUAUUGCCCACUUCGUUAUUGCAAAUUGAAGUGAAUAAGCAACGUUGUACAAUUGUUGCAGUAGGCAAUAAUCGAGGAGAGUUGCAGUUAUGGUCUGUUCCUUGGGGACAUUUUUCUUCAGUUAAUUCGGUGGAAUAAACGACUUCUCAAAAUUCAGGCAAUGUUUAUGUUCAAAGUGUAAUUGACUUUUUGGGAGGGGGUUGCUAUUUUAGUAAACAAU